AUGAAGACCACGGAAAAAUCAAACAGAAAAUAUGAAUAUGUGGCUCCAGAAGGAGGCUGGGGUUACGUAGUGUGCGUAGGACAUAUCAUAAAUUCGAUCACUAUUACCGCCUUCUUGAAUUGCUUCGGAAUGAUUUACAAAGAUUUAUUUAUUAAAUUGAACAUGGAUUCAACUUCCAUCACGUUGCUAAAUGGGCUCAGUGCGACUUUCAUGUCAUUAUCAGGUUUCCUCACCGGUCCUUUGUUGAAAUUUUUAUCCAUUAGACAACUGGGUUUGCUGGCGACCGUAAUAUUUAAUCUUGGGAUGUUCGGGAUGGUAUUUGUAUCGUCUAAAAUAGCAUUCUACGUUUGUUUCGGUGUCUUACAGAGUCUCGGGAACGGAGUUAUAUUCAAUUUGUCGUGCACGGUAUUGAACAAUUACUUUGUUAAGAAAAGAUUGUUUGCAAUAAGUUUCACUCAAACUAUUAUAGCUGUAUCUGGGCUAGUGGUACCCCAGUUUUUAAAAUGGUCGUUGGAUGCAUACGGACUACGAGGAACUCUGCUUUUGAUAUCCGGGAUAUGUAUACACAAUAUUUUUGGCAUGAUUCUGAUGCAACCUGUCGCUUGGCAUUUGAAACAAGUUGAAGUACCUGAAACAGAAAAGGAUAUACUUGAAACAAAAGCGUUUCUGGCAAAGGAGCAUCAAAUUUCUAAUAAGGAAAAUAACAAACAAAAAUUGAAUGAAGCGGGCGAAGUUGUCAUUAGUGAGAAAUAUAAUAUUGAAGAGGGGACCAUUUAUAGCUCGAAAUCUAAGAGCAUAUUAUCGAAAUUUCUGGAUUUUAAAGAAUACCGAUCAUUCCUAUUAUCAAAUGCAUACCUUGGUAUGGGACUAUGUACUUUUUCAGAUUUCACUUUUAUAAUAAUGCUUCCUCAGGCUUUAUAUUCUAUGGGAUGGGAUGAAGCGAAUGUCGCUUGGGGGUUAUCACUUAUUGCUACAGGAGACUGCGCCUCCAGAUUUUUAUUAAUAUUUUUGAGCGGUUGGUUGGUGAAUUUUGGAAGCCACGAGAUUUAUCUAGUUGGACUCAUAAUAGCUUUUAUUACUAAAAUAGGCAUGCUCUGGUCAGAAAAUAUGACGAUAAUAUUUAUUUUCAUAACCAUAAUGGGAGUGUCGCGCUGCCUAACAUUAGUGUUAAUGCCGUUGGUCAUCGCAGACGCUGUAAAACCUGAACUCUUUACAGGUGCUAUGGGAUUGGAGUUGACAAUCGUUGGAAUUUAUAGUUUGGUUUUAGGCCCAGUUAUAGGUGCAGUUCGAGAUCUGACCGAUAGUUACGCAACAGCAUUUUACAUUCUAGCUUCCUGUUUCGGAGUAAUUAUAGUAUUUUGGUCGAUAGAACUCCUUUACAAGAAGAAUAAACAUAAAAGACAAACAUAA